AUGGAGAGCCUUGGAAAGGAGAUCGGCACUCGCCAGGGCGUGGCAACCAGGAUAAUCACCUCCUCUGCCAUCGCGGAGCUCGGCGGCGCCAUGCCAGCGAUGGCGGAAGGGGCGAGCAUUGAUCCUCGCUGCAUGUCGCUGGACCGGUGCUACGAGGCCCACAAAGAGCUGCCAUAUGCAAUAAGAUGCAAGCUGCUGGCAGAGGUGCUCCAGCUGUCCAGGGAGGAGCUGAAGCAGAAGCAAAAGGAGGACCUGCCGCUGCACUCGGGAUGCGGAGGGCGGUGGUGCAGCACGGUGCAACAUGAAAUGAGAGUAUGA